UAUCUUUACUUGAUGAAACGCAACGUGCUGAUUGUUCUUGAAAUGAAUGCUGCUCCUGCCGCAAUCGCUGGAGUUGCCACGGAAGAGGAGACAACAGCAAACCUCCACAAUCAAAACGGCAACAUGGAUAAUGAUGACGAUGAGCCGCAGGCUCUGCCAUUUUGUUUCGUACGGGGGUCUGAUCCUCGAGCAGCUACCUGUCGAGGCAAAUUGCAGAGUCGCCGAUGUAAACUGAACCAGGAAAUCAACAAAGAGCUGCGUUUACGCGCCGGUGCUGAGAAUCUGUACAAGGCAACAACAAACCGCAAGCUCCGGGACACAGUUGCCUUGGAGCUGAGCUUCGUCAACUCUAAUUUGCAGCUGUUAAAAGAGCAGCUGGCCGAACUGAACUCUUCUGUGGAGAUCUAUCAGAGCGAGAGUCAUGAAGGUAUAAUGCCUAUGAUACCGUUGGGUCUCAAGGAGACCAAGGAAAUCAAUUUCAUGGAACCGUUUUCAGACUUUAUAUUAGAGCACUACAGCGAAGAGCCGUCGAUAUACAUGGAUGCCAUAGCGGAUAUGACGGACACCAGACAGGCUUCUAAGACGCCGUCGCGCGAUGAUCUUGGAGUGGCGCUUCUGUUUCGCUACUACAAUCUGUUGUAUUAUGUAGAACGGCGUUUCUUUCCACCCGAUCGUAACCUGGGCGUGUACUUUGAAUGGUAUGACUCGCUCACCGGUGUGCCCUCCUGCCAGCGAACCAUUGCCUUCGAGAAGGCAUGUACGCUGUUCAACCUAGGCGCAAUAUACACACAAAUUGGAGCACGCCAUGAUAGACGUACGGAACGUGGCUUGGACGCGGCCGUUGACAGCUUUCUGCGUGCUGCUGGCAUUUUUCGCCACAUCUACGACACAUUCACCAAUGCACCGUCGAUGGACCUAAAGCCGCAGGUGCUGGAUGUUCUUGUCUCCCUAAUGCUGUCCCAGGCACGCGAGUGUCUCUUUGAAAAACUGCAGCUACAGAUUGAGGCACUGGGCCUAAUCGAGUCCAGUCAUCUCUUUCGGGACUUGGCUGGUGAAGCGGCACAACUGUCGGUGGAGUACAAUGAGAUGCACAAGAACAUCCAAGUGAACGACACGCACACCUACCUGCCCGAAUGCUGGGCGGGUCUGGUGCCGCUUAAAGCUGAAUUGUACAAAGCGUUGGCACAUCACUAUGAGGCGCGGAGCAUUGAUGCGACUGUGGGCGAUGGUGACAAUGUAUCGCUAGGCACCAAAAAGAGUCAGACGGUGUCAUCGAACGAGUCGUUCAUUGGCAAUGCGCGGGAGGCACUGCGUGCCACAGAGGCCAGCAGUGAAAGUGAGGAUGAGAGCGCCAGUGUUGUUGCCAUCAAGCGCACCCACUUAAAAGAAGCUCUGGCUAGUCAUGAGGAGGCACAACGAUUGCAACGCAUGUGCCGAUAUCUAAAGAACAAAACAUCACUUACGCAGGUCAUUAAGGAGGCACACUACAAGACUCACGAGGAGUACGAAAGAUUCUGCCUGCAAGCGCCGGUCAAAAACAUUGACGAGUGCUACGAUCUGGUUGAGCGCACUGUUGAAGCAUCCUCAAAGUUUACGCUCUCUUUGACGGGUCCCGAUUUUACAUCUUAUAAAGUGGAGGACCCUUUCAAGCGACUCGGCCCAAUUGCAAUAUUCUCCGCACGUCGCCACUGGACUGCACCGCGUUGUGUGCGACUGCAGAAAGGCUCAGCUAUGUACCACGACCCCAGCAACUACCACUGUCACUGUCCGGCGGCUGAUGAGGGUCACGAGGCCGGCUGCAGUCAGUACAAGGAGGAGCUUGAGAACUUUGGCUUUCAUGUGCGUGGCGAUGCGCCUGUGAUAAUAGCACAUGUCGAAAUUAAUUCCCUGGCAGAUCUGGGUGGCAUCAAAGAGGGCGACUUCAUAGUGGAAAUCGCAGGAAUGGAUGUGAAAUGGUAUUCACAUCAGCAGGUUGUUAGGCUUAUCCAAUCUUGUGGCGCGGCACUUGAACUUAAAGUUAUAACGCCAAUGGAUCGCAACUAUUUAAAGCCACUUUCAUCGAAAGGCUCAAUAUCAACAUUAUCGGCUGCCAGUUCGUCAGGCGUUUCGUCUGGCUCCUCCAGCCCCACCAGCACGACAACAAAACCCAAACUGCGUCUCAAGACAUCAGCCAAGACGCGCUUCGUGGGCAGUGUAUCUUCCAGUUCAUGGAAUCCGUUCCGCCGCACGCCGAGCUUAGCGAAGAUUUUCUGAGUGUUAUUUAUCAGUAGCAGAAGCGAUUACUUAUAUUAAGUUAUGUUUUAACUUACGAUGCAGUGGCCAUUAUUCUGUUUUAAAGCGAAGUGAAUUUUCUUUUAUGUAUAUAUAUAUAUAAAUAAAUAAUUAUAUAUCUAUAUCCCGCACUUAAUUAACACUACUCAACAAAAUUGCACGUGCUUUGUAACCCUUACCAAACUCAUUUUUUCUAAUACAUAUGGCCUCAUAAAAAAAAAAAAACACUUUAAAAUCACUUCGAUAGCCAGAUUUUUUUUAAAUCUAUCCAUAUAAUUUUUUAACUUUUCUUAUGAGGUUAGCUUGCAUUUUUGAUCUUUAGUCGAGAAGGUCACAACCGAUUUGAUAAGUCUUAAAGAAAUUAUUAAAUUGGGUUUUUCUCGCCUGGUGCCCCAUAUGUAUUACGAGAAAAGUGGGUUCGGUAAAAGUUACAAUCUGGCUGGUUACCUAGUGUAAACCUUCACUUAUGCUCCUCUAAAUUCCAUUUAUUUUCCGCCAGCAUGGAAAAUAUUUUCAAGAAUGCGAGUUAAAAGUGCAUGAUAAUCAACAAUCAGAUAUCUGAUUGUGGAGUAUUUAAACAUUUCGUGCAAAAUGUGUAUUACAAUCGACACUUGUUAGCGCUGCAGAUCCCAAAAAGUAUUUACAUAUUUCAUCAUACCUACCUAAACAACCUGAUACAUAGUACAUACAUGCACGCACAAGGAAGUAGACAGGGGGGCAGGGGAGGGCUAGUGAGGGUGAAGACUAAUAUGACUUCGAGGUCAAAUUGCUACUUCGAGCAUUCACGUGUGUUUUAAAAAUUUCUAAAAGCAACUCAAAAUUUGGUGGCCCUAAAACUAUGCAUCCAAUGCUCUUUAAUGUCAAAGAAUUUUAAGAAUUUUAAGAGAUUUGAAAAAAUAUCAUAAAUUCAUUAAAUUAAAUUCAAUUAUUUGUAUAAAUAAUCAUAUACAUAAACAUUUUAAAUUUAUAAUUUUGUUGAUUUUAGUGUCUUCGAAAAUAUGUUCGAAAUACGAAAUGAAACAUGUAUAACUCUGAAAUUUUCGAUCGGUUCUUUUCAAAAGCCAUUCAUUCAAAAUCUUCGAAAAAUAAAAGAUUAAUUUCGUCUUUCCCCUUUGUACAAAGCUCUUAUGCGUGCAUAAUAAGGUAGUUGAUAUAUGUAUUAUGCAAAAUGUAUAUUAAAAACUAUUUUAGUUGUGUGGUUCUUGUUAAGGUUUACAUACCUAUGUAAAUGUUCAACUCUAGAUGGAACGAACUAUGAGUUGAGUUCAGUUAAUUUUCGCAAAAUGCUAUGUAUAUAUGUGUAUUCUUAAGUUACAACUAAUUUUUAUACAUUUUAUAAAAGCCAUUUUAAAUACAUACACAC